AUUAUGCUGCCGUACAUGAUCACCAUUGGAGACGCCAUCCACAAUUUUGCUGAUGGGCUCGCCAUCGGGGCGGCAUUCUCUUCCUCGUGGAAAACGGGGCUGGCCACCUCGCUGGCCGUCUUGUGCCACGAAUUGCCACAUGAGCUAGGGGAUUUUGCUGCAUUGUUGCAUGCAGGGCUGAGCGUCAAGCGGGCCCUCCUGCUGAACUUCCUGAGUGCCCUCACGGCUUUCAUCGGCCUCUACAUUUCGCUCUCCGUCUCCACUGGGGAGGAAUUUGAGGCGUGGGUCUUCACGGUAGCCACUGGCCUCUUCCUCUACGUGGCCUUGUGUGAUAUGCUCCCAGCCCUGAUGAACGUGAAAGACAAGCGUCCCUGGCUGCUGUUUGCCCUGCAGAACCUCGGCCUGUUGGCUGGCUGGGGCAUCUUGCUGCUGCUGUCGCUGUUUGAAGAGAACAUCACGCUAUGAUUGAGCCAGGCCGAAGUGACUUUGGCCCCUCUUGCUGGCCCAGGAGGAAAGGCCUUUUGUGACCCCCCUGUGGGAAUAAGCAGUCUUGGGCAGGGGGCUUCGUCAGAACAAAGGGGGUACAACAUUGGGAAGGGCAAAUGGAAACUUUGUAAGCGUGACAGACUACUGACCUGUGUGCAGAGCGGGGUGUACGCCCUUCAAUAAUGCCCAAGUUGCCUCCUGCUAUUUAUUGUAUUUAUUUUGACCCUUCCCACACCUGCCACUCACCCAACCACACUUGCGAAGGACCUCAGUACGUGGAAUUGAAACCCCCCCCCCAUUAUAGGUCCUCAAAUGAUGCUAUUCCUGCUUCUCAGCAGUGAUUUCUAGAUGAGAGCAGCCUCUUGUGUCUCUCCCUGCUGCUAUUCUCCCCCCCCCCC